GUAUUCGUCGACGGUGUAGUAACACUUUUCUGAUAGAUAUCUUCUCAGACGUUUCUUUAAUGUCAACAUAUUAGUGCUUCUGCGGAACUCAAUUGGUAGUGUAUUGUAAAUUUUUGUACAGGCAUAGAGUGGUGAUUUCUGAAACUGGGCUGUUGCGUGGACUGGUAUACUUAAGUCAAAACCUAUUCUGGUUGUCUGUCAUGCGUGUUAACUGUGUUGUUUUGAAUAAAACUGGUCCUAUGUUUAAAUGCGAAGAGAGCGCAUUUAUAUAUAUAGAUGGAUAUUAAUGUUAGCAGAUUAUAUGUUCUGAAAAUAUCUUUACAAGAGUCUCUUUUGUUGAUAUUGAAAAUCAGCGUGAGUACUCUUUUCUGCAAGAUGAAGACUCUGUUGUUCAUGACUGCUUGUCCCCAUAGUAUUAUAUUAUUGCUAAGAUGCGGGUAA